AUGAACAAUUCUCAUAUAAGGGAUUCCAUGAAAUCGGGGAAUUUAGAAGAGAAGCCUUUAUUGGUCAAAACUGAGAAACAUGAAACUCCACAAACUUCUUCUUCAAAGGGGAAAGGAGUUUUGGUUUUAGAAAAACCAAAACUUUCUACUAUCAUUCCUGGAAAUACUCCUUCUGGGAAUGAGACAGCAUUUCAGACAUUUUGUCUUCUCCAAGAAUUUCUAUCCCAAGUUACUAACAGUCAUCAAGGGAUUUCCACUUCCUGGGAAUUUGAAUUCUCUUACAACCCUUUCAAAACUUGUUCAAGGCAGUUUGAGAAUUGCCCAGAAAACAAGGAAGGGCAGUGUUACUGUAAAUUGGAUUCUGCAAUUAGAAAGGCAAAUAUUCUCAUUCCUUCAUUCAAGCCCUUCAAGUUCAGAGACUACCCAGUAACCAUUAAGACUUUAAUCCAAUAUGGAUUAAUUGAAUCUAUUUUCUUCCCACCAUCAAUCCCUGAUUUCUCAGAACAUUUCCCAGAAUUUUUAGCUGAGACAUUAGAACAACUAGUCCUUGAAACCCAAAGAAACACCCAAUUAAAAUUUGUGUCUCUUUACCCAGAUUUUGAACAAAACAUUCCUUCAUUCCAUCUGAUAGAUGCCUCCUUCAAAGGCAUAGAUGAUGAAUAUACAGACUUCCCAGUCCAAAACAUUGGACCAAACACUAUUAAAAUUGAAGAACCAUUACAGACGCAAUUGGAUCUGGCUCGAGCUAAGAUCAUUGCCAAUGAGUUUGGAUGGACAGGAAACAAAUUUGCUACUAAAAAACUCCUGAGAGAGGAUAGAUUUGCAAAAAUUUAUUGCGAUUCCACCAUUGCAUCGCGAUGCUUUUAUCCUUUCAAUGUUGAACAUUCAAGACCCCGGCUGGUAAAUUUAUACCGCAAACAAUUACAAAGGCGAGCUAGCUCGGCAUUUGGAUCAAGACCGUCUUCUUUCGAAUCAUCCAAAAGAAGGAGAUGUGAGUGAAAGAAAGAAGAUAAGAUUUGCUAAAUUUUGAUAAUGGGAAGUCCACAUCAACCGUAACUUUUGACAUUUGGGCACUGAAGGAGACUAGGGUGAUGAAGUGAUAACUACUCUUGAAAAAUAAGACUAAGGAAGGGGCAUGUCCCUUUCAACUUUAUUAUAUACGGAGUAUGUAUGUAUGUAUGUAUAUAUAUGUAAUGUAUGUGUGUAUGGAUGGAUGUAUGUUUGUGUGUUUGUUUUGGAGAAUGUAUGUGUGUGUUAAGGAAUAGAUCUUUUAAAAAUAAGGCUAAGAAAGGAGGCAUGUUCCUUUCAAUAUGUUCUUGUGCAUGUGUCUGAAUGUGUGUUUUAAGAAAUAAACUUCUGUAUUUAUUUGUAUAUUGGAAUCAUUUUUACA